AGCCUAUUUGGACGGUAUUCUCUUUAAUAUACUCUCUCAAGUCUCAAGCUCUCACUCUUCUGUCUCAGACUCUCAUGGCUUCCAUACCAGUUCUGCCCUUACUGCUGGUUUUCCUACUUCCUAUUCAUGCAAACGCUCAACGAAACCAGUCUAAUUCCAAUAAAAUACCUUUAGGUUCUUCACUUUCUCCCAAUGCAAACCGUACUUCUUGGAUCUCACCUUCUGGUCUUUUUGCAUUUGGUUUCUAUCCACAAGAUGAUGGCUUUGCUAUCGGAAUAUGGCUGGUUAAUCAAACUGAGAAGACAAUCAUCUGGACUGCAAAUCGAGAUUACCCACCUGUCUCCUUCAAUGCUACACUGAACUUUACUAUUGAUGGUAUACUGCUGCUUAGAACAGAGCAAGGCAGAGAACUUUCGAUUAUUGACGUGGAUCAGGAAGACCUACCUGCAACUUCAGCUGCUAUGCUUGAUUCUGGUACUAAUAAUGAAGAUUACUAUGGCCAGCUCACUCUAACUCGGUUAGGCGUUCUAUUCCUUCCCGGGAGGUUUGGAGGGCGAAUUUUGGCAAAUAGCUCGUAUCCUGACAAGAAUGGAACUACAAUAUACCGCGCAACACUUGAUGCAGAUGGGAUUUUUAGAUUGUAUUUACACCAUUUUAAGAGCGAUAAUAGCUCAAGUAUGUUGAUGAAGUGGUCGGCUCUGCAGAAUCAAUGUGAAGUCAGCGGUUUCUGUGGACUUAACAGUUACUGCUCAGGCAUGGGUAGCAAAGCUUACUGUAACUGCUAUCCUGGAUUUGAUUUCAUCAACACCAGCAACAAGUUCCUGGGCUGCCACCAGAGCUACAAUGAAGAUGAUUGCAUACGCAGUGAAGAUCCAAUAAUGCUAUACAAUAUCACUUCUUUACAGAGUGUGUGGUGGAGCGAUCAUCCUUAUUCAGUUAUACCAAUAGAAGAAGAAGGUUGUGGUAAGUCUUGCCUGGAAGAUUGUAAUUGUGGAGCAGUAUUGUAUACGGGUGCUAAAUGCAGCAAAUAUAAGCUUCCGCUUAGAUAUGGUAGAAUAAAAAAUGAAAACAAAUCAACUAUGGCUUUCUUCAGGGUAAGUAAUGGAAAUACAGAAAUUUUAGACCGUCCCCGUCAAGUCCAUGUAGUCUUGAUUGAAAGCAAGAGAAGUCUAAUUUUGAUACUUUCUAUAAUUUUGGGUUUAGUUUUAUGCUUGUGCUUUGUUUUGGCAACCUCUACCAUCCUGGUGUACAGGCACAAAUUUGACAGGUACAAAAAACUGUCAGAAAACGUGAACUUGGGAUUAGCUGAAGAGUUUACUCUGCAGUCAUUUUCUUACAACGAGCUUGAGAUUGCUACAGAUGGCUUCAAGGAAGAGUUAGGUAGGGGUUCAUUUGGAGCAGUUUAUAAAGGGACUAUAUCUAAGGGUGACAAAAUUAUUUCUGUAAAGAGACUUGAGAAUGCUGUGGAAGAAGGGGAACGGGAAUUUCGGGCUGAAAUUACUGCAAUUGCACGAACUCAUCAUAAAAACUUGGUUCGAGUCCUUGGUUUUUGUAUUGAGGGACCCAGGAAGCUUUUAGUUUAUGAGUACAUGAAAAAUGGCUCACUUGCAGAUCUGAUCUUCAAGUCUCAGAGGGCCCCAGUUUGGAAAGAAAGAAUAAGAAUUGCACUAGAUGUGGCCAGAGGACUUCUCUAUCUGCAUGAAGAGAGCGAAGUCCGUAUUAUCCAUUGCAACAUAAAGCCUCAAAACAUACUCAUGGAUGAUAAUUGGAUAGCAAAGAUUUCCGAUUUUGGUUUUGCAAAACUACUUAUGUCAAAUCAAUCAAGAGCCACAAUGGGUGCGGAAGGGACAAGUGCAUAUUUAGCGCCUGAAUGGGAAAAGAAUCCCUUAAUAUCUUUACAAACCGAUAUAUACAGCUUUGGCAUUGUGCUUUUGGAGAUUGUCUGCUGUAGAAGAAGCAUUGAAGUAAAUGUUCCAACCGCAGAUGAGAUAAUUCUUUCUAACUGGGUAUAUAACUGCUUUGCUGCAGGACAGUUGGCCAAGCUUGUGAAAGAUGAAAAUGUAGAGACUAUGACAUUGGAAAGAAUGGUGAAGGUGGGCUUGUGGUGUGUUCAAGAAGAUCCAGCUUUGCGCCCUUCCAUGAAGAAUGUAAUCUUGAUGUUGGAGGGAACAAUAGAAAUUCCAGUUCCACCAUCGCCGGUUCAUCCCAUUGUUGUUCAUUAAUGUGUUAUCUAGUUGAUGUAUCCUACGGGUGGUAAUCAUGGGUAUUAUUGUAUGUAUAUGUAUACAUACAUUUGGUAUGUAUGCAUACUCUAAUUUGUUUUUGUCCCUUUGGUUUUCUGUAAGUUAGACAUAAAAAUUGUUGUGUAA